GCUGUAUUGGCGGGCAGACGUAUCGCUUCUACGACUUCAAUACUAAUAACGCGGGAACACGACCCCGUUUACAAUGGCAGCUACGUGGUUCCUGACUUUCGUGUUAUUCCUCGUGAGUUCUCACGUGUACUCGGCCCCGGCUCACACCGGCAAUGAAGGAUCGGGUACGAAAUCGGAUUUACCCGUGCAGCAGCUAGAAAAACUUAAAAUGGCGGAGUCCAGCAAGGAGGGUGAGAUGAAAAGCGAACACGUGGAAUACCACCGACUCGAUGCUGUACAAACGAAUGGUGAGCUGGUGUCCAGGUUAGAACAGCAUGCGUCAGCUGAUGCGGUUGGAAGCGAGAAACCUCAUGUCCAUGCUGAAGCGCAGCUCGAUGUACCAUCUGAAGGUGUCCAUCGGGUGUUAGUUCAAGAUGGCAGCCAUGUCGGCGUGCAUGAUGCAUCUGCUGUCACAACACCACCUAACGAAGAGGUUACUACUAAGGUGUUCCAUGGGGCUGCUCGUCUAGUACAACCGGGACAAGCUACGAAUAUACCCACUGGUCCUCACACUGCAGUUCGAAGAGCUUUUAACGCAGACAUCACCAAGGAAACCAAGAAUAAUAUGGACCAUUACGCUGCUUACUCUGGCGUUCAGUAUUCGCCGUUAGAUAUGGCGGAGUACGUGUUCUGGACUGGUGAUGAACGAGGAGUCACUACUGCCAUCGAAACCUUCCUUCAGGAGGGAAUGAUGACAAAGGAAGAUGCAAUUGCUUUCCUUCAGGAAAUAAAAUUCAACAUUGAUUAUCUACGAGCGCACUACUCUCAAAAUUUGAAGGCGGCUGAGGAAAGUGCUCAACAGGAGAAAUUGAGGAACAUGCUGAUUGAGCAGGCCGAGGCAAAGGAAUACCAAUACCGCAGUCCAGCUCUUCAGUCAUUCCCAUUCGGUAGCAGCCCUGACAUUAUUCGUUCAAUUGCUAACAAGAACUGGGAAUUAAGUAACAACCUAUCGCCCGUGCCAGUCCUGCCUGUCAGCACCGAACUCAGGCCCGAAGCCAUCAAGAGGACAUACGACCCUAUGUUGACUAACAGCAUGAUGCCAGUACCAGAGUACGAGCGUGAACCACAGGCCUUCCCUGAUGAAGAAUAUGAAGAGAUCAUGGACAAACUGAAGCCUACGAACAUUCCCUACAAUGAGUACACGCUUGAGGAAAUUAUCUACCAGCUGGCUAAGAUGAUGUUCUCCCAGUCGCUGUCCAGAGACCCGGCUUCAGCUCGUUCGGCCACGCGACGAUUCAUGUCUUUCCUAGAAGUCCAGGCUGAGAGGGGACAACUGUCGCGCACUAUUGAGAAGAAAGUGCUUGACCUUAUGAUUGCGGCUUUGACGGACACAAUAAGCGACCAUCCAGAACUGCUGUCCUCACGCGACUCCAUGGCAGCCAAUACACCAAAUAGGCAAACAUUUUAUCCAUUUACUUUAGAAUAAAGCCGUAGUGGACAUACACAUUAGCACACACGAGAAAAAUGCAAAAAUACGCGACGAAUCUAAUGGGACGUCCCUACGAAACCCGAGCAGCCAAACCGAACUUAUCCCGUGAAAUACUUGCAACCUACAAGAAUGAGCUUCUAAAACCACAACCGCUACAUACAUUUAAUUAUCAAGAGACAAUGUAAAGUGUAUACCUAACUAUCUAUCAAUAAUUACGAAUAUAUGACACAUUUCACAGUGGUAUAUAUUUUGCUAAAGAACUUAACCAAAGAAAUUUUAUUCUUCGGUAAAAAAAGUCAUCAAUUCUGUUUGGUAAAGAAAAUUAGAAUAAGAUCAUUAGAUAAAAAAUAUACCUUGAGGUAUAAACCAAGUAUGUACAACUAAGUACCCAAAUCAAAAACG